AGAAUCCUCUAAAUUAGAAACAAAAUGGGUUCCAGCUCGAGCAAGGAGUCCUUCAAGACGGCCAUUAAUGAUCUUAUAACAAAUGAACAAACCGUGGCGAGUUUGGGCGACUCUUUUUGGGAGAGAUAUUGGUCCGACCCAUCCUUGACUAGUAACGAUUUCUUUACUUCAUUGACUCACGAACAAAUCAAAGAGAUGAUGAACACUCGCUCUGGUAACCUCACUGCUCUUUGUUUUAAAUUGGUUUCAAGAAUUAGUGCAGCUGCUUCAACUGCCUGUAGUGGUGAAAACGAACACGUUAUUGUUUUGAAUUGCGUGAGGUUCUUGACUCGCCUGCUUCCGUUUUUAUUUGAGUCUCCAGACUGGAGGCUUCUCUUUUGGACCCCGGCUCACGUCAAUGAGGCUCCAGAUCAGGGCUCACCUCCUGCCCUAGCGCAAGUACUGCUGGACUCACUGACGGAUUUGCUCUUUUGUCCCGACUUCACUGUCAUACCUUUAUCAAAUCAAGGAGGGCCAGAGAAACACGAAGAUUUGGCGUCUCUCGACAGUUCCGAUUACAUAUGGGAGGCUGGUAUAGGCACCUCUAAGUCACCCGGAACUAAUAAACAGAUUGACUCGCACAGAAUGGAAAUUAUUAAAUUGCUAAUAACCUGCUUCUCUGAGAGUCUGUACGUAGCACCUGGAGAGAUUUCAGGAAGUCCCAAUCAAUGGUUGGCUCACUUUACCUCACCUGCUAAUAGACAUGUCCUCCCUCUUUUGACCUCUCUAUUGAAUGUUGUCUGUAAUUAUGAUCCUGUGGGAUACGGAGUACCUUAUUAUUAUGCUUUUGUUGGCGACAUUAGAGAAGAGUUGACAGAGUCCUGUGCCAACCUUCUUGUCAUUAUUCUCAACUUUGUCCCGUACUCUCCGCAGCCCCCCGGUCAUGUGACAGGUGCCACGCCCCAAACCGAAGAGCCCCUCUCACCUGCAAUGAUAAUACAGAAGGAGACUGGGAUAGCUAACCUCUUUUUGGCUUAUUUAUCACGUUUGCAUCAACAAGAAGAUUUGGAUUUCAUUGUGAAAGGUUUAACGAAGCUUAUUGCCAAUCCACUGAGACAGACUCAGACAUAUUUGCCAGCAUCAGUUAAGAGGAUUUAUUUUACUGAAGUAUUGUACAUAUUAAUAUGGAAAUUCAUAUCUUUCAAUCAAAAGUUUCUGGCUCAUUUGCUUCGUGGGCCAGUACUGUUUGACUUGCUAGUCCCUUUGUUGCAAGAGCUCUUAGUGACACGCAGCAAUCCUAAUAUGAUCGGUCUCCUACACGUUGGAGUAUUCAUUCUCCUUGUGCUAAGCGGUGACAGGAACUUUGGAGUUAGAUUGAACAAGGCCUACUCUCACCCUGUCUCAAUGGACCUCCCGCGAUUCAGUGGGACUCAUGCUGACCUCUUGUUCCUAGUUUUUCAUAAAAUCAUAACGAGUGGUCUAUCUCGUAUACAGCCUCUCUACGAUUGCUUGUUGACAGUUCUUGUGAACGUGUCACCAUAUUUGAAAUCUCUGUGCAUGUUAACUUGUACAAGGUUAAUGCAUUUAAUGGAAUCUUUCUCUACAACUUGGUUUUUAUUUGCAAAGCCAAUGAACCACUAUCUUGUUUUUUAUUUACUCGAAGUCUUUAAUAACCUCAUUCAAUAUCAGUUUGACGGUAAUACGGGCAUUGUAUAUACCAUCGUCAGGUCUAAGGAUAUAUUUUAUCAGUUGGCAGCAUUAUCCGAGGACUCUUGCCUUUCGGUUUAUCCUCGACCACGCCCAUCUCAUAGGAAACCUCUCAACAGUAAAUCAGAGGAACAAAAAGAGGAGGAGGAGGAGGAGGGAGAAGGACACGGAGCAGAAGGAGGAGGAGAAGAAGGCAAAGAAGUCAAAGCUAAUAAAGGCCCUCCUAAGCACGUGCCAGAGAUCACUACAAUUAAACAGGUUACUAUGGAAGAGACUGAGUAUGAUCGUCCUCCUACGUCAGAGCCAAACACACCCACGACUGAAGUGGCGCCGAAUCCAGCAAAUCAAGUCACUUUUACUUCAUCUUACGACCUCCCGGUUAAAGUCUCGGGCGCUGGGGCUACUGGGAAUAAGAAAGCUCUUAGGCCCAAGCCAUUACUGCCAAUGAGAGAUAGUCUAGCUAGAGGUAACAGGCACUUGAUGGAGCCUACCAGCCCAAGUGACUUCAAACCAACACCAGAAUGGGUUAAAUCAUGGAAGGAUAAACUCCCCCUACACACUGUCCUUCGUUUGCUUCAGGUUUUAGUACCUCAAGUCGAGAAACUUUGCACUGAUAACGACAUAAAAACUGAAAAGGAGAUCCUGGAGUAUUUGAAGAACGGUACACUGGUUGGUUUGCUUCCUGUCCCACACCCGAUCAUUAUUAGAAAAUAUCAGUCAAGUGCCAGCACUGAAGCGUGGUUUCACACUUAUAUAUGGGGCGUGGUUUAUUCCAGGAAUUUCCAUCCCCCAAUUUGGUACGAGACCACUGUGAAACUGUUUAUUGUAAAUAAAGACUUUUAAUAAGGAGGAAAAAUUCUGUCGUUUUGUAUUAUCGUUAAUUAUAAUUUGAUUAUUUUUAAUUUUAUUAAGAUUCUGAUCACUUUCAAAUAGAUCGAUUCUUUAUACAA